ACAUUUUAUGUGUGAAUGAAUGAAUGUAACAUUUUCCAAGCCCGAAAAAGUGAAGUGCAGACUUGAGGAUGAGGGGGGGAAAAAUCCUAGCCACACUCCAAAACAAGCCGGAGAGGGGAAGGGAAGGCAGGGGAUGAGAGGGACCCUAACACACAGAAAGCAAGGCCACGUAUGGAACCGGGGAGGCAGCGUGAGAAUCCCCCCGGUUCUGGAGCCCCCGAGGCCGCGGGCUGGAGGGAGCACAGUGCGCCCGCAGAGGCUCAGGAGGCGGGCGGGGCGCUGAAGGAGCGCCGCGGAGACCGGCGCACCGGGCAGCCGGAGACUGGAGCUAACGAAACCGGGAGCAUGGACAAGGAUGGGGCUGAAGACGACGAGGAGGACGAGCAGUACGAAGAAGAAGAGCUAGAUCCCAGAAUCCAGGAGGAGCUAGAACAUCUGAACCAGGCCAGUGAUGAGAUAAACAGACUGGAGCUGCAGCUGGAUGAGGCGAGGUCCAGCUACCGGAGAAUCCUCACAGACUCGGCACGCAAACUCAACGCUCAGGGCUCACAGCUGGGUGCCUGCAUAGAGAAAGCCAGACCAUACUACGAAGCCCGUAGACUGGCUAAAGAGGCCCAGCAGGAGACUCAGAAAGCUGCCCUGCGCUACGAGAGGGCCGUCUCCAUGCACACGGCUGCCAGGGAAAUGGUGUAUGUGGCUGAGCAGGGCCUUCUGGCCGACAGGAACACACUGGACCCCACCUGGCAGGAGAUGCUCAACCACGCAACAUCCAAGGUGAACGAGGCGGAGGAGGAGCGUCUGAGGAGCGAGAGAGAGCACCAGCGGGUCACUCAGCUGUGCCAGGAGGCUGAAGCUCGAGUGCAGACCCUGCAGAAAGCCCUCAAGAGGGUCAUCCUGAAGUCCAAACCAUACUUUGAGCUCAAGGCCCAGUUCAACCACAUCCUGGAGGAGCACAAGUCCAAAGUGGUCCAGCUGGAGGAGCGCGUGGCGAAGGUGAAGACCCGUUACUCCGUCGCCCUGCGCAACCUGGAGCAGAUCAGCGAGCAGAUCCACGCUCAGAGGGGCCGCAUCCGAGCAGCCAGGAAGCGCAACAGGGCUCGCGGGGGGCGGAGCUCUCCUGUAGGGGCGGAGUCAGAGGGUGUCAUUCAGGCCGGGGCUUAUGGGGGGCUGGGUGCGAGUCUGAUGGAUAAUGACUGGGCGGAUCAGGAGAAAACGAGGCAGUGGGUGGAGAAGCACAGGGAACAGGGGUGGGGUCAGAGGGAAAGGGCCGAGAGGGCGGGGUCAGACUCCAUGUCAGUCAUCAGCCUGCAGACCAUUGCCUCGGACCUGGAGAAAUGUGACUCGGUGGAGCAUUUGGGCGACCUGAGCGACGUUGGGAGUCUAAUCGGGGAAGAGAGAGACACAGAGAGCGAGAGAGCUGUCAGGGCUGAGGAGAAAGAGGUGGAGAGAGAGGGGCCGAAUGCGGCCGUGCAGGAAAAGGAAGCAGAAAGGGGAGCGACCGGGACUGACCGGCAGCAGAGGGACAGGGAAAGUUUCGUUAAGCAGCACCACAGAAGUGUUAGCUUGUGAGAAUCGGCCUGAGAACGCACCUUAAAACAGGGGUGUCAAUCUCAGAUCCUGGAGCUUCCUGCAGAGUUGAGUGUUUUCCCUCUUCUAACGUACAGAAUCCAACUCAUAAAGGCCCUGGAUUGAAAAACAGGCUUAUUAUUAAUUAAUUAUUAACUUGAAGACUCGUAAAUCAUUAAAUACUACUAAUGAUUUGGUAACUUCAGUGAAAGUAAUCUGAAAGGUAUGUAGUUUAAAGAAUAUUUUGGCAAAAUAUUUGAAAUUUGAAUAAUUUUCCACUUACCCCAGAUGUAGUCGAUCAGCCAGUACAUGUUUGGUGUCCAAAUUUUGCUCCUUCAGCUUAGAACUGAAGCUACAAGGCUAAUGUUGCUAACAAACAACAGGUCUAGACAACAGUUUUAUUCAUUUUAAUAGUUCACGGUAAGUCAUACAGGCCCAGAUGUAUAUACAACCACAGGAGCAGUGCAAAAUGUGCCAUAAUAUGCGACCCCUAUAUGUGUCCACAAUGUGUCUGCGUUAAAACAUUUAGUUGAAAGACUGCAGCUCACCAUGCAAACUGCACAUUGCCCCGUCCACUAACUGCUCAGUCAGGAUGUGCUAGGUUUAAAAGGCGCAGUGACAUAGUGAAACGACUGUGUGUGCAUGUUGUGGCCGCAUCACGCCAUAGUUUCCUCUGCAUCUUCUCACAUAAGUAAGAGGUGUGACAUGGCAAAAAAAUCAAAUAUCAGUACUUGAAGACAUUUUCACAAAACAGGAUAUGCGUCAUAAUAUUUAGUUUUUCUGAGGUUUAAUACGUUGGAACAGACAAAAUGUACCAGUACUGUCACUUUUUAAAAAAAUGCUGUAAAAAACUGUUAAUGCAAUGAUAUUUAUUAAGUGUUUUACACGGCACUGCACUAAAUCCAGUUAAAAAGGACUGAUUAUGCUGUCUUUUUAAUGACAUGCAUUUAAUCAGUGUUCUUUUAGUCCACAAAAUCACAAAAGCAAAGUGUGAUGUGAUUUAUUAUGGUAACGAUAAAAUAUGGUCAUAAAAUUCGACAUAAAACCCGCUGCCUUGAGUUGCUCAGGGCAAAUUGAGCGAAUAUGUAAUCGGCUGCACUUGUAAUAUUUCCACCUAUUUCUUGCGUGAUCCUCCCACAUUUUGCACAGUGAUCUUUCAAAUGCAUGCGGAAGAGGUGCAUUUUUCCAUGCACACAGCCCAUAAAAUGCAUGUUUAGGCUCAGGCGAAAUGCAUCAGAGUUUCAUCUGAAACUGCUGCAAACAGCUCAGUACAUUAUGACUGCUUAGUCCUAAUGUAGUGAGCUGUUAGCUUUAGACACUUAAACCACAACGACAAGUCUGCACAACCUAAAUGAAGACCUGGAUGUGGUUUGACUGGGUUGAGAGAGGUUUUGGGGAUGUAUUUGGGUGACUGUUGAGAUCUAGUGUUUGGUAGCCAUUGCAGCCUUGCAGCUCCAGCUCUAAACUAAAGAUGCGGUUAUUUUGUUGGCUGAUGGGCAACAUCUGGGAUAAGUGGAAAACUGAAAUUUUGGUUUUUCACUGAACUAUUCCUUCAAAAAGGUGAGGAAUUGAAUUGUGGGACAUGUGUAAUCCCUUAUAGUUAGGUAAAUAAAAUGUAAUCUUACACACACACACACACACACACACACACAUAUAUUACACACCUUAAAUGACUUACAGUACUCUGCAGUGUGGUCCUUCAGGACUGGGGUCUGACGCUCCUGCCUUAUAACCUCAGAACCUAGAGAGUCAAGGUCUUACCUGCAGCCUUUCACUCCAGUCUCUCUGGUUGUGCAGCACGACAUGGACAAAGUGCCAUAUUGUGAUCACAUUGCUGCAUAUUGCGGUUGCAGUAUGCCCUGCAGUAUAUUAAAAACACAUGGGUGAACCUUGCUGAGGUGUAGUUAAUAAUUAGCCUGCAUUAUUAUUACAUGUAUUAUUACAUUUACAUUUGUUGGAUCACUUUAAUGCCAUGAGUCACAAAAACACCCACAGAAGCUCAUCUAAGAGGCUGUGAUUGAUCGGGAUGUUCACAGCAUCCUUUCUGUUUACUUACAGAACUCAUUUUUAUUAUUGCAGUCUGAUCAGUUUUGGAAAGGUCAGUAUUAUUAGAACGUUUAGCAGAUGGUAGAUGUUGUGCUGUCCUGCUCUCCGGUCAGUGUUUAAGGCAUGGUUGUUCUUUGGAGCGACUGUGUUUUUAUCCUGCAGUCGGUGACAGAAAUGUAAUAAGCGAAUCUCAGCGUGAGUGAGGAGGAGAGCGUGAGUGAGGAGGACAGCGUGAGUGAGGAGGAGAGCGUGAGAAGCUGUACAGGAAGGAGCUCAGUCUCUGGCUGCUGUGGCCGAGAGAUAGAAGUUCAUUUUUACGCUACAAUGGAGGGAAGAAAACUGCUAAUAAUACUAAUACAACUGCUACUAAUAAUAAUAAUA